UUGAAAAUUCUGUUAUUAAAGAGCACUGUUGUUAAGAAACCCUUCUCGAAAAUUAAUUCGUGCUUUAGAAAUUUCUACACUGGCCUCAAGACUUUAGAUCGAUCUUAUCGAUAUUUGGAUCAUGCCGAUCCCUAUUUUGUUAUAGAAUGCGGUAUUUUGCGGCUAAUGAAUGGAUCAGGCCGAUUGAGCCAGAUUGGCUUUUUUAGAAAUCAAAAUUAAAAAAACUUUCAACAGUAACGAUAUUAACGAUAUGAAUAAUACAACUUAUACUACAUAUGAAGCUUUAAAAAAUCUUUUAAAUAAACAUCGAGUGACUUAUAGAGAAGUUGAGCAUGUUCUCGAAGGAAGGUCAGAUCAAAUUGCCGAAAUAAGAGGAAACAGGAAAGAACAAGCAGCAAAAGCUAUGGUAAUAGAUGUAUCCUUUCAACAAGGUCAUAAGUAUUAUCUCACGGUUUUGCCAGGAUCUAAUAAAGUUAAUCUUGAAUUAAUAAGAACAUUUUUGAAAGCAGAUAAAAUUUCUUUUGCAAAAACAAAAGUUAUGAAAAGGUUAACAAAUUGUGAUUCAGGAGCUGUUCCUCCUUUCUCUUUUAACAAAGAUUUAAAUGUGAUUAUAGAUCCUGAGUUAUAUAAAAAUGAGGAGAUCGUUUUUAAUGCAGGAAGACUUGAUAGAUCUAUAUAUUUUUUUUUGAAAGAUUAUCGACGAAUUUUAGAAAGUGAGUAUCAGGAAAACCCAAUUUUAAUUGAACUUUCUAUUUCACAAGUCGAGACAAAUUUUUUUGAAGAUAGUGAUCCACAACAAUCGAUGUUAGAACAAGAUAAAUUAGAAAGUAAGAUGGUAAUUUCAAAUAAAAAUGAACAAACAAAAUGAACAAAAUAAACAAAUUUUGACAGUAAAUAUAACUCGUAUGACUUUUCAGAUAUAAACAGUAAUACAAUUUUUUUUUGAAAAAAA